AUGCAGAUGCACCCGCGUGCAUUCUACAUGUCUGUACUUGUCAUCCUUGUGGCUGAUGGCGCUUGUUGCGACGACAAUAGGUGGUACACAGGCCUACGUACUGUGCUUAAGAAUUGCCCACUGGAGUCCUGGAACAGCUCGUGGCAAGAUGAAUUUUUAGAGAAGUUUCGCAAAUGCAUGCAGGAGCAUGCGCUGGCUGCUUUGGAUUCCCUUCUAGCCGACGAUAUUAUACCAGUCUUCGAGGGAUUGGAUUUAGUAAGAUUCCAGGAAGACAGGAACUCUACGGAUAAUUACAGAGAGAGUGAAAUAGGGGAUGAUACCAAUUGGACAGCCGUUAUUGUGAAGCGAUUGUUACGAAUUUUACGCACUCACGUGUUCAAAGUGGACGUGGACCAUUUCACCAAUCAUAUUAUCUCCCUUGUUAACAACGAAGAAACCGACGUAGCUGGCUAUAAGUUCGAAGGACGCAGACGUCACCGUCGCAGACAUAACCACAUGGUGCCGUUGAUGAUGAUGGGCUUCCUGCUGAUGGGUUCGAUCUUGAUACCAAUGGGUUUUCAGUUCCUCGCGGUCCUCGGUGGCAAGGCUUUGCUCCUGGCCAAAAUGGCUUUGAUUCUGUCCAGCAUCCAGGGCCUUAAGAAAAUAGCAACGAACGGCGUUAAUUAUGGACUGUAUCACGCUCAUCCUGUGGCAGAAGGCUGGCACGACAGAAGCCAUAUAGAGCCUUCUCAUUUAGAUUUACCUUUUCCACCGCCGCUUCGUCCCUAA